UUAGUUUCCACUUGGUUUGUCAUUUUCAUCUAAAAAAUAAAAAUAAAAAAAGAAAGAGGAAAAAAAAUCCAAUCUUCAAAUUUCUUUGCUUGUUUUCAAUGAUCCGUCAUGAAUAAAUUCUCGCAGAUUUAGAACGUACCAAGUAAGUGAGGCAGAUCAGAUCUGGAAAGGUUUGGAUUUAUUUCUCAAGCAAAUUUUCCCUUGAAAGCUUCGGAUCUAUUGCUUCUAUCUGGAAGUGCUUGGUAGAGCGCUGAAGAAAGGCAUUUGGUUCUCAUACUUCGAAUUGUCUUCAUCUUGCCUUGUUAUGUACUUAAAAAAGUGUUACUUGGCAGAAAACUAAAGAAAAAGCAGUUGGUUUUCACACUUUGGACUAACUUCACCUUGCUUGAAGUUUGUUCAACUUGAGCUUGUCAAGAAUGGCUUGUGGGUUUUGCGAGUCUGCUCUUUCUAACUGCAUGGGAACACUGCUCGUGGAUUGGGUGGUGAAGCCAGUAGGACAUCAACUUAAUUACAUUCGGCGUUUUCAUGACAAUGCUGAAAAGCUCAAGGAAAAAAAAGAAGAACUAAAAAUGGCACGAGUUCGGCUGCAACAUGAGAUUGAGGACGCUAAAAGGCGACUUCCAGGAAUUGAAGAUGAUGUCACAACUAUGCUAUCAAAGGCGGACAAAAUCCUAUCAGAUAUGGAAACUCUGGAAAAUGAAAUGCAGCAAAACAAGCGAUGUUUCAACUUGUGUCCUAAUUGGAGUUGGCAGUAUCAAUUAAGUAAGAAAGAAACGAAGAACACUCCUGUUUCUUGUGAACUUCUAAAGGAGAUUCGUCAAUUUUGUCAACCUGGACGAGUGGGCUACCGUUCUACUAGUACAAUUACAACCAUAGAAUUCCUUUCAUCUAAGGAUUUUAUGGUUUCUAAAUCUUCAAAUAUUGCUUUAGAUCAUAUCAUUCAGGCUUUAAAGGAUGACCGGGUCAGCAUGAUUGGAUUGUGGGGGAUGGCAGGGGUGGGCAAGACAUCCCUAGUGCGUGAAGUUGGAACUUAUGCCAAAAAAAAAAAUCUGUUUGACAAAGUUGUGAUUACUACUGUGUCUAAAAAGCCAAACUUUAAAGAAAUUCAAGAUGAAAUUGCAAAGGACUUGGAUUUCUAUAUGAAGAAUGAACAAGGAAGAAUAUCAAGACAAGAAUUCUGGUCGAAACUGAAGGAGGUGAAAAGGAUUCUAAUAAUCCUUGAUGAUGUUUGGGCAAAUAUUGACUUAAAGGAGGAGAUCGGAAUUCCAAUUGGUGAGGAUCACAAAGGCUGCAAAAUUCUUUUAACAACACGCCGUCAACAAGUAUGUGAUGUUAUGGAAUGUCAAAGGAGAAUACAACUUGGUUUUUUAGAUGACCAAGAAGCUUGGGGUAAAAAUCUUCAUAGGUGGGAAGCAGCAUAUAGGAGACUCGAAAACCGCAGAUUGGUUGACAUAGAGGACAUUGAUGAAAAAAAUGCUUACCUAGUUCUUGAGAGAGCUGGUGAGAUAUGCAUGGGGACUAGAGUUGUGUAA